UACCAUCUCAACUCUUCCCCAUUUUUUCAUCAUCAUCAUCUCCAUUCCUAGCUACUCCCAUAGCUUACAGAAAUAAACCAAAGAAUAGAAGAGACAAAAUGGCAGCUAAACGGCUUCUUGAUGACUCCGACCAGAACUCAGAACAGCCAAACAACAAACGAAUGAAAACUCGACCCACUUUUGCUUCUGUGAUACAAGAAGUGGUCGCCGUGAAAUUCUUGGACAGCAUCUGCUCAGCCUUGGAGCCCAUGCUAAGAAAAGUGGUGAAUGAAGAGGUUGAAAAUGGGCUGAGACGUUGUUCGAGGUCCAUGACAAGAUCACCUUCACUAAGAAUCCAGGCUCUGGAGCCAUCAAGCCUGAGACUUGUUUUCCACUCAGAGCCGGCGCUCCCAAUCUUCACCGGCAGCAAGAUUGCCGGCGAAGACGGCAACCCUCUCAAAAUCUUUCUGGUGGACACGAUGGGCGACGUUUUCGUCCCCACCCCCCUCCCUUAUCCGCUCCGAGUCGAGAUCGUGGUGCUCGACGGCGACUUCCCGUCCCGCGAGAACGAGAGGUCGUGGAGCGCCGACGACUUUGGCACCAAUAUUGUUAAGGAGAGGGAAGGAAAGCGGCCGUUGCUCGCCGGCGAGCUGAGUCUCACCAUGAGAGACGGGGUUGCCACCGUCGGUGAUCUCGAGUUCACCGACAACUCCAGCUGGAUUCGGUGCCGGAGAUUCCGUCUCGGCGCCCGCGUGGUCUCCGGCGACCAAGGUGUUAGAAUCUCUGAAGCCAUGACUAAGCCUUUCAUGGUCAAAGAUCACCGCGGAGAAUUGUACAAGAAGCAUUACCCACCAGCACUGGACGAUGAUGUGUGGCGUCUAGAAAAGAUUGGAAAAGAUGGAAUUUUCCAUAAGAGACUUGCUGGACAGGGCAUCAAGACUGUCCAAGAUUUCUUGAAGAUGUCGACUGUUGACAUUAACAGGCUCAGGAAGAUACUGGGGGCUGGAAUGUCAGAGAAAAUGUGGGAUGCAACGUACAAGCAUGCCAGCACUUGUGACAUGGGGAACAAAUUGUAUUUGGCUCAAGAUCCUAAUUACACUCUUCUCCUUAACCCCAUCUGCCAAGUUGUUAAAGCAGUUAUUCAUGGCCAAGUUUGCCCCGUUAGAAACAUAAGCAACUACCACAAAUCCUAUAUAACAGAUUUGGUAAAGUACGCCUAUGGAAGUUGGAGUUCUCUCCAAGAAGUUGAUGCAGCCGUGAAUGAAUUGCCACUUCUAACUCAAGGUGAUUUGGUGGAUCAAUGCUCAAAUCAUAAUCAGCCACAGUCAAUUAGGGGCUUUCAGAGAAAUGCAUUCUUGACCGAAGGAUCUGAUCAAGCGGAAUACGAGUUUGGGUCCUCCGGAUAUCAAUUUUAUUGAUAUUGGAGUUACGGAUUCAUUGUAUUUGUAAUUGUAUUUGACUUGGCCGGGUUGGUCAAAAUGGGUCCACUCGUACUGAAUGCAUGCAGACAAUAAUUGACGGUGAUUAAAUACGAUGUUGUCAUCAAGUGGAUGUAAAUAUGGGUGUUUUGUUUAGGAAUGAUUAAUCAUUGAUGGAAACAAUGUACUUGUGUUGUGCCACCCCUUUGCAAAACAAAGUGUGGUUGGGCAAAUGUAAUAGGUCAUAGGUGAUUUGAUUCCUUGUUAUUGUAGAGAUUUUGUUGGUUUUGGUUUUUAUCUAGGUUCACUCUUUAAAAAAGGCUAAAGUGUCAUCUAGCA